GGUCUCAGAUGAAGAGUGGGAGUCAGAGGAAUCUGAUUUCGAAGGAGGGGCAGCACAUGUUGCCGGUGGUGCUGCCGAAGUUGCUUUUUGUGAAACCUCCCCCCGAAGAAGAUGAUCGAGCGCUUAUCCUCCAAGAGCGCUGGUUGAAGCAGAUCCUCGCAAGAACGAAGGUUUUGGAGCUUCGUGGACGACAGGCUCGCUGCGGGCUCGUGUGGUUGGCCCAUCGAAGCUGCUUAUAUGGAAGAGCCCGUAUUGCUGCUUGCGAAGAACUGUCCGCCACAAGAUUCGCAUUGUUGCGCAGCGAACAUGGUGUCCUGCAAGGUCCACCACCGUACAAGCGCACCUGGGGCCUCUGGUUAGAAGAUGUGCUGCUGUUGAAAAAACCGGUCAAGUUUUGGAAGAGAUGGGGUGCAAUUGGGUGGGCGCGCGUCAGGUUCUCCAAACAGACCACGAGCCAGCAGCAGCUUGGCAGCGGCCCGCAGAAACUGGAAGAUGAUCCGCGUGAAAACCACGCCACUGAAGUGAGAGGGGGCCUGUGCAACAUUGGGAACUCGUGCUUUAUGAAUUCGGUUCUGCAGCUAAUCUACGCAGUUCCCUUGCUGAUGAGAAGCAUUAUGGAACACAGAAGGGCAGUGCACUGUGGCGACGCAUGUCUUCGUUGCUUGUUGCAGCAGACCCAAGUGAGUCGGGCCGGCAAUGCGCCCUUGGAAAGACGCGUUGCGGUGGAAGGACUGCUGUGCGCAUAUCGUGCCGGAAGCAACUGUGUGGAACAACUUGCUGCAAUGGAACACUUUUCCUGUGAGUUGCGUGAAACAGAGUGGAGCACAUUUUGUGAAAGAUUGUGGAAUGCAGUGGAAGAAUACAUGCAAAGUGAAAUCGUAGCUGCUGAGGCCGUCGAACUGGAGGCGCCUCUCUGGCGGACAUGCUUCUUGCCCAUUGUUGUCUUGUUCGAUGCGUGGUCCAAAACCACCGGACUGCCCACUGUGUUUUAUUUGGAUGCUUUUUAUUCGCUGAUUAGCAGCUUACUGAACAAAAAUAUCACUUUCAACGCGGCGAACUUUGCGUGUCGGGCUCGGUAUUGGGCUGUGGGAACGGCUGCUCCUGGUUCGGGAAAAAGCCCAGCCUUAGACCCUUUAAAGAAUGCCCUUGUGGAGGUCAUGAAGGAGAUGCCAGAUUUGUCCCCAGGAGAAGCGACGGACCACUUUCACAUGCAGCCAGUAGGAACACACUGUGCAGCGAUUGAUCGCCUGCAGUCCACUGGUGGAUAUGAAUUCUUUGGAGCUUCCGAGGGCGGACCCGUACUAUGCCCCUCGUGGCCAACCCAAUCAAAAUGGGAACAGGGAGGCUACGUGAACUGGCAGCGGUAUUUGGAUGCUGCCACAGGUGGUCCUGUCCCAUGGGAAACAGCAGUGGACCGGCAAAAACGGCGAGUCAACCGGGACGGCAGUGCUUCGGCAGCGUGCGACGAGCGCACCAAUGUGGCUGUCUUCAUCAUGCAACAAGAAUCUGUGUUUCGGAAAUGGUGGGCUGCAGCAGAGGAAAAGUGCAGCAUAGGUAUUCAUGUCCUCAGCAGGGUUGCAUAUUCCAUCUGCGAUGCAUCUCGAUCGCGCACAAGUGCGGGCUGCAGUGAGGCGGAAGAUGAAGAGGAGGCGCUGGAGCAUGGCGAGAAGAGCGAGGGGAUGAGUGCAUCAGAGCAUGGCACUUGGGAAGAGUUAACCACGGGAGUGUUGCCCCAUGCCAUUACUUCAUAUGCGGAUCUACGCGAGUGUGUUGAAACUGUUCUGGGGAGGUGUAAGGAUCCAGGAGUUCAUGUCUUCCAUCAGAAAGCGGCAAAGGAAGGAUUUGCGCUGCUCAGUCAUUGCCAGAAGACAGUCUGCCAAGGGUGUACGUUCCAAGUUAAAGCACGAGCAACCAGCACGCUCUCCGGAUCGAAGCUAGAAGUCUGCAAAAAAGGAAAACACGGAAAGCUUACUGCUCCAGAGGGUGGUUCCUUGUGGAAUGCGGCAGAAGCCUUUGCUAUCAAAGAGGCGCACAAAGAUUCAGAGAUGACAGCGCGGACUGUGCGGCUUGCGCUGAAGCAGGCCGAAUUAGACUUUCGAUGCACCAAGGUCCAACUUUACAACUACGUGGGCCGCUGCCGGCAGAAAACCGGAAUUCCGCAAAAAGCCGUCUCCAAAGUGCCAAUAGCAGAUUUAGAAAAGGCUGCAGCGGAUUUCAUGGUGCGUGAUAUAAGCCAGAUCUUGUUGGUGGCUGAUGUGGCGCAGCUUGUGGUUCUACCUUCGUCAGUUGUGUCUGAAGACCAAGUUUGUAUCCUCUGGACCUGCCCGGGCAUGUUGAAGCGAGCCAAGGCCGCGCAGAACAAACUUGUGAAGUUGGUCAUUGAUGGGAAGCAAAAAAUCCUUUCGAACGAAUAUGCGAUCCUGACUUUGUCAUUUUUGGUUUCCAGUGACAAAAUUGCACGAACAAAAGCAGGUCGCAGCAGGUCGAAGACCACGGAUGUCUAUACCUCCACACAGGAACCGUUUCUCCAAGCCCUGGUUAACACUGAAUCGGCGGAGAAUGUGAGUAAGGUCUUCACAGUGGCGAUAGAGAUCGCCAAUGUCUGCUGCAAAUUGGAUUUGAAAGCGCAGGCCUUCUUCCACACCAAAGGCAUCGUCGAAAAAGACAAAGGGGGGCAAGGUCAAGCGAGAGCCGCAAGACAGGCAGACGAUUUUGCGACAUUGGAUGAGAUCAUCCAAAUCAGCCGCAUCCUACCCACGGCGCAAAUCUUCGACCUGGUUUGGCAUUUUACCUUUGCCUGGCUCGAGACCCGGUCGAAGAAAGCAGUCCAAUACUUGCAAGAUACGUAUUUCCGCUUGUUGACACCACAGAGCCUGGGGAAACAAUUUCGCUGCAAUCGUGGAAGCUGGAACCCGGAAGCUUUGUGGUUUGCCGGCUUUUGGUCGGGAAUCAUUGGCACGUAUCCUGGAACUGCGUCAGGAUCACAGACGAUCGAGAGUUUUCACGCUCGCUGGCAAGCACAGGUGCAGGGGAGCGUUCGUGCUUCCCCGCAAGACAUAUUUAAGAACAUGCAGAAAUUGUUUUCUUCCACGUGGAAGGAUCAGUUUGAGUGGGAGGAAAGCAAAAUAUUCCGGACAUGGCCAGAGACUACGGCAAGCGCAUUGCUGAAUGGCCAAACAUUACGCAGCACAGGACGGUCGCCUGCAGUCGACUUUUGGAAUGCGCGGGAAUUGCGCAUGGACAAGACACGCAACUACUGCCACGUCGUGCUGCGCACAGACAACGCAGACAAUCCGGGCAUUGAUGGUCUGACAAAUUUCUGGGUUAUGGGAGCGCAAAAGCAAGAUGGCAUGCUGCCAGCGCAGGUGGCAAUUCGGGAAGCUUUUGCCCAACGUUUAUGUUCCAUGAUAGCUGCAGAGGGGGACGCUCUCAUUACCGCCGUGAAAGCUGCAGGCAUUCUGGAAGAAAACAAAAUUAAUCUGACUGCCCUUCGCAAAUGCUUCAAGACACAUGCGGUCGUGCUGCAAG